AUGAGGUCGGGGAGGGUGUGUGGGGUCCGCACAGACAGGGCUGAGCCCGGAGAGGUGCCAGUGACCGCAGGCCCAGAAUCCACCAAACAGCAAGGCGACUCGCACGGAGGGCCCGGGCCGGGCGCGAUCCGGAAUGCCAUCCCUGCAGGAGCUCCGGGUCCCUGGCCGGCGCAGCGGGCGCGGGAACCUGGCAGCCGGGAGCGCCCCAAGCAGCCGGGAGGCGGCGAGGAGAGAGCCGGGCGGCCUCCAGGCCCCGGAGACGGUCCCAAUCCCCCGCGGGCCGGGAAGGAGGACCCGGGGGCCCCGCCGGCAGCACAGCGGCUCCUCUGCCGGGCUAAGGACUUCCGAUCGAACGGGCUUGGCCCCCCGGGGAGAAACUGCACCAGCUGCCCGCACGCGGCCACCGACGGGGCCGCGCGUCCCCCGCCCGCUCGCCUCCCCGGGCCCGACCUGGGGCCUCGGCCGCCUCCGCGGGAACGUGCGGGCGGAGGACCGGUGCGCGGCCUGUCCCCGAGCUCGGUCGCGGGGCCCAGGGCUCAGACGUGCGGGCGCCCGGGCCUCCCCCGCAGAGGACCCCAGCGGGAAGCUCCGGGGCUGGGGAUCACCGAGGGGCGGGGCGGGAGGAGUCCCCCACCCCGGGCUCCGGGCUCAGACGUGCGGGCGCCCGGGCCUCCCCCGCAGAGGACCCCAGCGGGAAGCUCCGGGGCUGGGGAUCACCGAGGGGCGGGGCGGGAGGAGUCCCCCCCCCCGGGCUCCGGGCUCAGACGUGCGGGCCCCCGGGCCUCCCCCGCAGAGGACCCCAGCGGGAAGCUCCGGGGCCGGGGAUCACCGAGGGGCGGGGCGGGAGGAGUCCCCCGGGCUCCGGGCUCAGCGCCGACCCUCAGACACGCCUCCCGAGGGAAGCGGGUCCUGAGAGGCCUGGUGUGGGCCCCGGUGCUCUUCUCUGACCUGGGGGAGGAAGCGGUGGGCUCAGGAGAGACCCUGGGCGUGGAGUGA